GAAUUUUGUCAAAAGACGACGACUGAGAACCGUGGUUCUGGUUCUCUACUGCCGAAAAUGGCGUCUGUUCUGCAACUCCCAAUCAUCGACCUCUCCUCUCAAGACCGCGCCUCUGUUGCUCUCUCAAUCCAUGAGGCAUGCUUGGAUUACGGAUUCUUUUACUUGAUCAACCAUGGCGUUGAAGACGAAUUGCUCGAGAGAGUGUUUGACGAAAGUAGGAAGUUCUUUUCUCUUCCUAUUGAGGAGAAGAUGAAACUUGCUCGGAAGGAACAUAGGGGAUACACCGCUCUUUAUGCCGAGAAGCUCGAUCCCACCGCCUCGACUGAUAUAGGGGAUGCAAAAGAGAGCUAUUAUAUUGGCCCUUUGGCAGGCAACGCAACUGAAAAUGACUUAAAUCAGUGGCCUUCAGGAGAACUAUUGCCUUCUUGGAGAGCUACUAUGGAAUCCUUCUAUAAGCAAGCACUGCGUGUUGGAAGACAAAUAAUAUCUUUGCUUGCAUUGGCUCUGAAUCUGGAUGAGAAUUUCUUUGAGAAAAUUGGUGCCUUCAGUAAACCAUCAGAUUUUCUUCGGCUUCUACACUAUCCAGGUGACUUAAGAUCUCUUGAUGAAGAAAUAUUAGGUGCUUCUGCACAUUCAGAUUGGGGGAUGAUCACUCUCCUUGUAACCAAUGGCAUUCCCGGACUUCAGAUAUGCAAGGAAAAGUCUGAUCACCCACAAGUUUGGGAAGAUGUUGCUCAUAUAGAUAAGGCAUUCGUUGUUAAUGUUGGGGACUUGAUGGAAAGGUGGACGAACUGUCUGUUCCGGUCGACUCUACAUCGAGUGAUUCCAGUUGGAGAAGAACGCUACUCGGUUGCUUUCUUCUUACAUCCGAGUGACGAAUGUGUCGUGGAAUGUCUUCCAAGUUGUUGUAGCGAAUCAUCUCCCCCGAGAUUAUUGAAUGUGCAUGCAGAUAUCCUCCCAUUUCCAGUAUGGACUACUUGAAAGAACGUGUGAGGUUGGCUUAUAAAGACGGAUUUGCUUAGAAAAUAUCUAAAGAACGUGAGCCGCCACGUGGAUGGCCAGAUGAGUGGGACCCACGUUAUCUAUUUUCUUUGCCGUCUGAUCAUCUCUUGUGGGGCCCAUUAAUAUAGAGAUAAAAAUUAAAAUAAAAUAAGAAAUGGAUAAACUUUUCAUAAAGCGUUUUCAAAAGUUAAGAUGUCUGUACCUUUGGAUAAGAUGGGAUAGGUGACUCAAUUCAUUUUUCCCCCUUUUAAAUAA